GAUGCGACUUAUGUAAGAGACUUCGCUGAAUUUCAAGUUGACUUUUCAUCACGACCGUUUGCGCGCGCUCGUUGGACGUCCAGCAACAACGGAGAUUUCGGCACUGUCAUUCGAAUUGGCUCUUUAAUUACUGCCGACGUUCUCCUUUAUCGCCCGCCGACUUCACGGAAAAUGGUCGCUUGGUUCCGCACGGGGUAUUUGUCGCAGAAAAUUAAUAUUUCCGCGAAGUUUCCUCGCCCUUUCGUCGCCGGAAAAAAUCAAGGCUGCUACACACCGCGGAGGGGCAAACGGUGAUAUUAAUGAUAAAGGCCGAAAGAAAUUGAACGACUCCUUGUGACUUUUCGACGAAUGCGGACGAGAAGCAAAUGAGAAUGGAAAAAAAGACGGGUGGACCGAAUCAAAGAAUUACGCAGAAGCAAAUCGUGAAAGCCGCGUUAUUGCUGGCCAUGGUACUGGAUAACAGAAUGCCGACGGACGGGACCGGGGGUCCAGGACUCGCGGUAGUGGCAGGAGAUGUUCUUGCUCUGCGAGGCACAGGACUCGCUGCUGCAGAAACUUGGGCUCUCCUCUGCCAGGCUGCCCAGGCCCUCCAGGACCUAUUUCUUUCAAAUGGAGGCGUAGUGGGUGGUUCGAGAACAGGCCCAGUGGUGACUCCGCACACGCUGGAACUGACACCACGUGGUAGGGUUUUACUGCAGCUUGCACCGCCGGAAACUGCUCGAGCGUACCUGCCGCCAGAAUAUCGACCCGGCCGCGUUUAUUCGGACACGGAUUCGGAAAAAAUGUGGAUGUACUCAUUAGGAAGGGCGUUACUGGACACGACUCCCAGAGUGGCGGCGUUAAUGGGAACCGUUUCCGUUUCGCCUUCCUCCGCCUUGCAGUCGGUUUUGGCUGCCAUGACGGAGCCUGAUCCUCGCAGACGUGCCUCUUUGAUGAAUCUCCUCGACGUAAUAUCCGAAUAUUGCCGGACACGUCUACAAACGAAGCCCUUCACGCAUAUAGUGAUGGACAUGUAUCAGGAGGUUCUGGAAUCGCCGCAAUAUGCCGCGCGGACACGGGUCUACUUCCAGCUGAACACUCUGUACCCCGCACGGACCAUCAUCGAUCAGGCCAGUCAGCAAAAAGUCUACGGCCAUCAGCAUCAUCAUCGUCAUCAUCAUCAUCAACCGCAACGGCGACAACAGGAGCACGUUCAAGCCGCGAAUAGUCAACCGUCGUCUUUCCAGCAUCAUCGCGUCGUGCAGCAUUCGUCGACUGUCCAAUCGCGCAAUCAGCACCAACAAGAGCCCGCUCAAUACCCGAGCAAUCAAUUCCGAGCGCUCCAACAGCAGCAAGAACACACGCAACAACAACCACCGCCACCGCCGCCGAAGAGCCAUCGUCAUCAUCAUCAUCAUCAUCACGCGAAGGAAACGCAUUUCCGCACGCAGUCACGGAACUCUCAGUCGCAUCCCAACUUGACGAGCCUGUGCGGGCCUGUGCAGCAGCAAGCACAGCAACAUCAGCAGGAGGCGACGCUGAGCGCGUGCCGGGUGCAGUUUCAGUCCCAAUUGGACAUCCAGAACGGCAGCCGAUCGAUAGGACCGUCGACGAGCCACCAUCAACGCAGACACCAUCAUUCGAGGACGUACUCGCAGCCGGUCUACACGCGGCUCCAGCACACCAGGAGCAGCGGCAAUCUACCGGCGACGACGAACGCGGCCGACGCCGGUAAUCCCGGCGGGGAUGUUUACAACGACCCGAUAUACGCCCUGCCGGUUAAGCCCUUCCUGAGCUCCCAGGAUGUGAGAGUCAAUGGACUGUCGGCGAAGCCCUCCGCGGCGAUCCGUCGCGGCGACGAUGUUUACGGCGGAUCAUCGUCGAUAAGCAGACAUUCUUCGAAUACCGGCUGCUCUCAGCCCGAUGUGGCGUCACAAGCGAAAGAGCGCCUUCGCGAGGACAUUUACGGACGAGCGCCUUCAGGAAGGAUGUGUCUGCAGAGGCAACACUCGAAUCCCCAGUUGCCGAGCAGAACGCAAGCUGACGAGGACUUCAAGCGGUUGUCGCAGCCGAGUGUCGCGACGGCCGAGCCUCGAUGCGCCGACGUCGUCGCGCGUAAAGAAGAACAGACGGCACAGCAACAAAAUCCAGUGUCUUCCAUGAGGCUCCGGGGAAUCCAGGGACCCCCGAAGCCACCCCGAAUUAUCACCACCCUGAGAAAAUCCGCUCUCUCCGACUCGGAGUGUAACAACCAAACAGAACCGCCGGCGAAACCUCCCAGGAUCAUAAUGCGAAACGGACCGAGAGCUCGACGAGGGAAGGCUGUGCAAAGGGCACCGUCGCGGCUUUACCGAACAGUGGGUGGGCCCAUGAGAUGUUUCAAUAAGGCGCAAUGCGUGGGCCCAGAAUUUGUGGUUCGCGCUAAUCAGCCUCCGAAAACAUUGUGUGUGGGUCAAGUUAAGGCGGGCAACUCUGGCCGAAUAGUCGUAAUAAUGCUGACAGGACAACGAGUGGAGGUAACCUGCGAUCCUCAAAAGGUCACCGCUGGAGAUUUAUUCCAGGCUAUCGUCCAGGCGGAGAGUCUCGACGAGAACUUUACUCUGGGUCUAGCCGUGCUGCUGGCCGGGGAUUUCGCAAUGUUACCUCCAGACACGAAAUUGAAUAAGGUCGCACCACCGGGAUGGUUGAGCAGCGGCAAGAGCAAAGGGCUUCUGGGUUUACCGACCAGUUUCAUGCUGUACCUGCGGCUUCGAUUCUUCCUGCCCUCCUUGCGCGGCAUCAGGAGCUGGAUAUCGAAGCAUCUAUUGUACUUACAAAUAAGGCGGUGCAUACUGGAGCAGCAGCUGGUAUGCCCCUAUCCCGAACUGAUCAAUCUGACGGGCCUCGCUCUUCAAGCCGAAUUUGGGAAUUACAAUGUUAACGAGCACGGUUGCGGAGAUUACUUCCUGCUCGAGCACUACGUGCCGGAAUCAUUGAUAAUGAACGCGGACCGUCAUCACUCGCAGCCGUGCAUCGAGGCGGACCUUUUACGGGCGCAGCUGCAUGGCGCUCAUCACGACCGACGCGGCCUGGACUCCAACAAAGCCGAGGAGAUGUUCGUAACUCAUGCGCAGUCCUUGCCGGAUUACGGCUCGCACUAUUAUAUCGCCACGGUGGACUCCAAGGAGCUGGAGAAACUGAUGGCGCAGCAGAAGAAAGUCAAGAGCAACAUGGAUAAACGCGGCGACGCGCCGUCGUCGGAGAAGACGUCCGUCCCGCGGGGAGAAGCCAGGAUCCCGCGAUUGGGCUCCCGCGAGAACGCGCCGAUGAUCCCGUACUCGGAUGAGAUCUACGCCGGGCAGAAGGGCAAAUCGCGUCGCGACGAGACGCGCAACAACAAUCCCAAUCAUAACAACAACAGCGUGAACAGCAACAACAAUAAGAACAACAAGAGCGGGAAGAAGAAGACGGAGAGCAACGUGUGGCUGGCGAUACACGCGCAAGGGUUGAAGCUGUUGGAACGGGGGGGCGAGCCGAGGGAGAGAACGGAACUGGCCCACUUUCAGUGGCGAGAUGUGCAGACGUUGAGUUACAGCAAGAGCUGCCUGGUGGUGUACAGCAAACUGAACGGGAAACGGUGCAAGUUCAAGCUACGGAUGGAUCAUCGGAAAAGUUACUUCGCUUUCAAACUCACCUCCCUGCACCACCAGUUCUUCCUCCGACUUCGCUCGGAGCUUACGUCGCUUCAGGGCCUCGCGAAAGACUUCGGAGUACCCUUGAUAACGGAAAGCAAAACUACACCGUCGAAGUCGAAGAUCGGCGAGGGUAAGACUAAGAUAACGAUCGCGAACACGGUCAUGGUGCAACAGAGGAUGAACUAUCCGAUGCAGUUGGAGGAGUAUCAGAACAAGGAGAAUGAGAAUCCUCAGAAGGACGCUAAUGUACCCGCUGCGAAAGACGUCGAGCCCGGCUUUUACUCGCCCGAGGAAGACGCGCUUUACGCGCAAGUGAACGUGCGACUGGAGCCGGAAGGAGAGUCGCGAGAUACCGAGGAAGAAUCGGACAGAGGCUUGACGACGCCGGACGAGAUCUUGUUAGAUCCUAAAGAAAUCAAGUCGGAACACGGUAAACUUUACGGAUGCCCGGUGCUGGACAGCGAGGCUGAAACCGAAUGCGCAUACUCGCUCCCGAAAGCUAUCUCGAACAACAUUAACCAGCUGGAUAAACCUAACAACCCUGAAGAACUGUACGCCGCCAUUAAUAAGGUUCGUCUAUCGGGCAAGACCGAGUUUCCCGCUCAGGACGAAGUUUGGAAAGCGUCGGACGUGAAGAAGACAAUGCACAAGAUGAAGACAUCCAGUUUACCGAACUACGGCACGCCGAGGCAAUCGGGUGGUUUCCGCACACCGAGUUUACCGCGUCGACUGGGCGUGAAGAUGGGAACACGCGCGAUCUACAGCAGUUUAGCGCAGAAGGAUACCGCGCUUACCGACGACACGGAAUCGCUAUCCGUCAAGUCCGACACCGAAUCUUCCAUUCAAUCGCUAUCAGCGCGAUCCGCCGAAUCGCCCAUGCCGGAAGCAUACGUGCUGAACGCCGAUAUACGAACCGACGACGAAACAUUCCGAGUUCCCGAAGAGGAAUCAAUGUCCGCGUCUCUGGUGGCUCGAUUAGAGGAGCUUUCAUUCGCCGAAGAACGGAUUUUGCAUACGAUUAAUUUAGAACGAGGUCACGGCGGCAGCAUAGGAUUGCAAGUAACGGAAGGUAACGAUGGCGGAGUUUACGUUCAAGCGGUCUCCGUUGGCGGAUCGGCCGAUAUGGCUGGAAACGUUAAUAAAGGCGACCGAAUUGUAGCGAUAAACAAGCAGAAUCUGUUAAAUCUUCGCUACGAGGAUGCUCUGAAGAUGCUGCAGAGCUCCUCCGAAACGAUCGAGUUGGUCCUCUCGCAGGCUGUUACCCGAAAGAGCGCGGAAUCGAGAGACGAACAGGAUCAGCGUCCUGCAGACGGCAAUUACUUGCAUGACAUCAGAUUCGACGUGUCGUCGGAGGCGGAAACGUCCAGCAUGACGAACAAGUGGAUCGUUCAGAAAACCACGGACGUAGCGUCGGUGCAGAACACUUCGAGCGCAUACAGCAGUGCCGCGUCCAGCGCCAUGGGCAAUCAUAAUGCGAACAGCCUGUACAUGACUGAUCUCGUUGACAAUAAUGCGUUAAAAUCUGCCAGUAUGCUGCUAAGCCUAGAAGACUUUGACGUCAGUAGAACGAGUCGCCAGGUUUUCAUUUAGAUAAGAGAAACCCGACUGAGCCACCCGUGCCACCGCGGCGUACAAAGCGCAAGAUCAAAACUGUCGCGAUGUCGAUAACGAGCGA